AUGGACCUCGCAACCCAGCUCCGCCACCAGCUCAUCGCCCAGUCGCUCCCGCCGCCCUCCCAGCCCCUCCUGGAGAGCCUCGUCGCAGCUCGGUCGCCGCCUCCGCCCCUGCCCUCGCUCGUCGCCACGGCCAGGACCCGCCUCCUCGCAUGCGACCUCUCCAGCGGCAGCGGCAGCGGCGGCGGCGGCAGCAGCAGCAGCAGCGGCAGCAGCGUCGUCGACCCCUCGCAGCUGUGGCCGUUCCCCCCGGGCAUCGGCGACGUCCAUGUCCAGGAGGCGGCCCUCGGGCGCGACACCCACGUGCAGGUGGUGGACAUUGAGAACCUGAGCCUCAGCCGAUGGGAGCAGAUUGAGGAGCUGGAAGCCAUCGAGCGCGGGGAGACGACGCGGGGCAGACGCGUCAUCCGCGUGGCCGACGACCAGGCCGGCGGGCCGGCGGGCGUGUCCGCGUCGGCGUCGGCGUCGGCGUCGGCGUCCCAGAACGCGACGCAUCGCCUGGUGCUGCAGGACUGCAAGGGCGCGAGUCUGUAUGCGCUCGAGGCGGAGCGGAUACCGGCCGUCGGGGUGGGCAGCAUCAGCAUCGGGUGCAAGAUGCGCCUGCGGGCGGGCACCCCCGUCGCCCGGGGCACGCUGCUGCUCACUCCGGAGAACUGCCUCUUGCUGGGAGGCAAGGUGGACGCUUGGCACGACGCCUGGGUGGCGGGGAGGAUGGCACGGCUGAAGGAGGCUGUUGGUGCUGCUGGGCCGGGAAGCCAGGGGCCGGGAAACCAUGGGCCGGGAAACCAUGGGCCGGGAAACCAUGGGCCGGGAAACCAUGGGCCGAGCUGA